AUGAGUGACGAACAAGUCAACAGCAAGGAGCCUAUCUUGGAAGAGGGCAAGUUCGAUUCCGAGAUUUCCGGCAACACCGCUUACAUCCGUUGGGACGUCAAGGGUGGCGGUGACCGUGAUCACUAUCCUAGCUUUAACACCUGGGAGCCUUUGGAGGGCACUCCAAACAUUCAAGGUUUCACCUGCCGCAGCGCCAUUGACCUCUGGCUUUACCUUGGAAACGACAGCGAGAACGAACAGUUUUCUGGACCAACCGAAGGCAAGAAGAAGAUCGACGCUCGACGUGUUUCAAAGUACAAGAUUGUCGCUCGUUGA